UGCGCGUGGAGGGAGGGAGGAGCCGUGCGCGCUCCCGACACGCACUGUCUGUGAGAGAGAAGCGGCGUCCUCAUAACUUUUCCCUGACGGAUAAUUCAUGACAAAAAUCAGCGUAGUCGUGAAGGGAUUCCUGGAGACACGCCAUGUUCAAGGCCGUGCUGAAGAAGAGCAGAGAUGGCGGGAAAAACAAGAAGGAUGCAGGAGAGCCGUACCUGCUCAGUGCCCAGCGCAGGUGUCCCGGCGGUGGGAUGCAGGAUCCCGCUGGUGUCCAUCCGUUCCCACCCGCAGAUGAAGGCCUCAGACUCGGCCUGGCUAAAGGGGUCUCCAUGUCUCUCCCAUCAUCCCCUCUCCUGCCCCGGCAGACAUAUGUGAUGGCGGCUCGCCCGUGCAAGAAGUCUCCAGGACCUGUUAGAAAGCCCAAGUAUGUGGAGAGUCCUCGCGUUCCUGGAGAUGCGAUCAUGUCGUCGCUGAGGAAGCUUCCUGACGGUGCGACUGGCCCCUCCCCCGCCACUCAGGAGUUGAUGACACGCUUGGGGUUCUUGCUGGGCGAAGGCAUCCCGGGCUCCACGCGCAUACCUAUGGACGACAAGAAUGAAAAAAAGUGUCCAGUGAAUCAGGGAAUCAGUCCAUGUUCUACUCUGACCAGCAGCACGGCGUCUCCGUGUACGGACAGUCCCUGCUCCACCUUAAACAGUAACAGCGGCCGUCCUGUCUGUGGAACCAUCAUCAGCCCCAGCUCCACCCUCGAGAGCAAAGACAGCGGUAUCAUCGCCACCAUCACCAGCUCAUCAGAGAAUGACGACCGCAGCGGCUCCAGUCUGGAGUGGGGUAAAGAGGGCAGCAUAAGGAGCUGCGCUCAACAUGUGCGGCCAGACACGUGCUCUCCGGUGGCCGAGGAGGAAGCGUCAGCAUCCGGGACAGGGGUACGGAGCAUCUCCACUGCUAAGAAGACUUCAGGAGCCACAGGGUCUGAGGGACCCGUCCAGUAUCCCAUGCAGAACUCGUCCAGUCUGAUGAUGCCUCGGCCGAACUCAGUGGCAGGUAAGAGCAAUCAAUGCAUUUACCAGCAGAACACAAAGCAUCAGGGUCAUCCUGUGAUUACUGAGGCAAAGCUGAUCGUUGUGAUGGACGCUGAUGUUUUGAAGUCUGCAGAAGCUGUUGAGGUGUUUCGAUGCGGUGAAGCCGGUGAGAGAGACUCGGUCUGCGGUGCCGUUCACCAGUUGAAUGCGAAUGAAAGAGCGGUGGGUGAACAUGGAGGUGCCCUGAGGAGAGAGAGAGGGAAGCAGAGGUUUGCAGAGCUGCAUCUGUCUUUGCCUGAAGAACGCGUCAGUCUGGGAGUAUCGAGAGCUUCGUCAUCUGUCACAUGUCCAGGUGGGGAGCCGAGUUCAGAUCUGCCCCUGAGUCAGCCGCCUCAGCCGACCCCUCCACCCAGCACCACCAACACCCUGCGAUCCAGCAGCUGUCCCAGCACACCUGAGCUGCAGCAGCGCCGCGAGGAGGCCGUCAAGCGCCUGGCUGCCAAGGUGGUGGCGUAUCAUUACUGUCAGGCUGAUAACACGUACACGUGUCUGGUUCCUGAGUUUGUGCACAGCGUGGCUGCUCUCCUGUGCCGAGCGCAUCAGCUGACUGCAUACAGAGAGCUGCUGCUGAAAGAGCCGCACCUGCAGAGCAUGCUCAGUCUGCGCUCCUGCGUGCAGGACCCCAUGGCUGCCUUCCGCAGGGGCAUCCUCCAGCCGCUCGUCAACCUGCGCAAAGAGAGGAAGAUUCCAGAGGAAGACUGCAUCAUCUUGAUUGAUGGGCUGAACGAGGCGGAGUUUCACAAACCAGACUAUGGGGACACCGUCGCCUCCUUCAUCACCAAGAUCAUCUCCAAGUUCCCCAACUGGCUCAAACUGAUCGUCACUGUGAGAACAAGCCUUCUGGAGAUCACCAGUCUGCUGCCCUUCUCCAAGAUCAGCCUGGACGAAUUCCCAGACAACAAGGAGAUCGGGACGGACCUGAACGCCUACAUCCAGCACCGCAUCAACAGCAGCCAGAACAUCCUCAACAACAUCUCCCUCAACGGCAAAGCCGACCCCAUCAUCGUGGGCAGAGUCAGCUCCCACCUCAUCUCCCGCAGCCAGGGCUCGUACCUGUACCUCAAACUGACCCUUGACCUCUUUGAGAAGGGUCAUCUGGUCAUCAAAAGUGCAAGCUACAAGGUGGUGCCCGUCUCUCUGUCGGAGCUCUACCUGCUGCAGUGCAACAUGAAGUUCAUGACCAACUCUGCGUUCGAGCGCGCCGUGCCCGUUCUCAACGUGGCGCUGGCGUCCCUUCACCCCAUGACGGAUGAGCAGCUGUUUCAGGCGCUGAACGCGGGCAGCGAGCGGGGAGAGCUGCUGUGGGAUGACUUCCAGCAGAGGAUGGAGACGCUCUCGUGUUUCCUCAUCAAACGCAGGGAUAAGACGCGGAUGUUCUGCCACCCGUCCUUCAGAGAGUGGCUGGUGUGGCGAGGAGAUGGAGAGAGCUCCGACUUCAUGUGUGACCCCAGGAGUGGACAUGCACUGAUGGCCUUCAUGUUGUCAAGGCAGGAGGGAAAGUUAAACAGGCAGCAGACGAUGGAGUUGGGACACCACAUCCUGAAAGCACACAUCUUUAAGGGUCUGAGUAAGAAGACCGGUGUGUCGUCCAGUGUUCUUCAGGCUUUAUGGAUCAGCUGUAGCACUGAUGGUCUUUCUGCUGCUUUGGUCUCUCUUAGGAACCUCUACACACCCAAUGUCAAGGUGAGCCGUCUGCUGAUGCUGGGUGGAGCGAAUGUAAACUACCGUACGGAGGUGUUGAACAACGCCCCGGUCCUCUGCGUCCAGGCUCACCUGGGCCAUCAGGAAACGGUCAGCCUGCUGCUGGAGUUCGGAGCAAACGUGGAUGUGGUUUCAGAGAACGGCAUGAGUGCUUUGUGUUACUCAGCGGCCGCUGGUCAUCUGGAGCUGGUCAGCCUUCUCUGUAAGAGAGGAGCCAAGGUGGAUCACGUGGACAAGAGCGGCCAGUGUGCGCUGGUGCAUGCGGCCCUGCGGGGUCAUUCAGAGGUCAUCGAGUGUCUGCUGGAGCUGAGCUGGAGCAGUGAGGGUCAACAGGACCUGAGCCUGAAGAACAAAGCCCUGCAGCAGGGGCUCAUCGCGGCCUGCAGUAUGGGACACAUUCAUGUGCUGGAAGGCUUGUUGACGUUGAGUAAUGAACUGGCGGUGCAGAUUGAUGCCCACGACACACUGUGGGGCGAAACAG